AUGAUGUUUAUCGGAUGUCUAGAUCAACUUCAAAAGCUCUUUACGAAGAUUGAAGGAACAGCGCAGUCUCUUAGCGCCAUACAUGGCCUCGGAGGACUUGGGAAGUCCGAUCUAGCAAUCGAGUUAGCGCACUGCAUUCAUGAAGAAAUGCCAGACUACUCCAUCUUCUGGCUCGAUGCCAGUACCAGCGAAACCCUGACUGCAGGGCUUCGCGCGAUCGAUGGCAUCAGAGAUAUCGCAAACGAUACGACAGAAGCUCUUACCGCUGCUGUGAUACAAUGGAUGAGACCACCCGUCUUGUCUAAACGUCUUUUGAUCAUUGACAACGUUGAUGUAGACUCGGCCUCCAACACAGUCUUAGAAAACUUGUUGCGACCCACACAAGAUCAUCACAUUCUGUUUAUCACCCGUAGUCACCGAAUCGCAUUACGUUAUGCGCACCCCACUGAUAUCGUCGAUAUGCCUACCAUGUCCGAAGGAGAUGCGCGACAGUUGUUGCUUUCGUACGUCGGAGCAGGUGCUCGGGACGGAAGAUCUAUCACGAGUUUGGUGGAAAAGCUCGAGUAUCAUCCGCUAGCGAUCAAAAGCGCUGGAACGUACAUAGCGUUUACCGGUACUCGGCUAACAAGAUUUCUCGCGCUCUUGGAACAAGACGCGUCGUUCCUGACUGUGCUACUCGACGGAACGGCGGUUCCUCCACAUCACACAGCGGUACGUCAAGGAGAUCAUGAUCGCAUAUACACGCUCAAAUCCCUUGUGAAAUGCAACGGAGAUAUUCCUACAAUGCUCUUCGUCCUGUCGAGCUUGGACUGUUCAGACCUACCAGAUGAGUUCAUUUCAACUCUUGCGAACACGGAGUCGAGAAGAGAAGCAAUCGACGUCCUCAAAGCAUAUUCGCUUCUCAAGCCCAUUACGCGGACCACGAGAUGGAGGAUACCGGAGCUCGUCAGGCACACCGCAAGAGGUCAACUGCUUUGCUGCCCCAACCGUGCUCGAUUCCUGGCGGCCGCUCUCCAAUUCGUUGCCCAGCUCGGAGCACCACCUAUGGCUGCAACAGAUUUCGCUCAGAAACGUCAUUUACACAUAGCCUCGGUGUUGAUGGCUGUUGUCACACUCGCUCCUGAACGAGAGUUCUCGCCGGGCAUAAUUAAGCUUGCCUUCCAGAUGUCAACCAUAUUGUGCCAACUUUUGGUUGACCAAGGAGAUCCCUACGAAGCGAUCGCAGUGUCUUCUCAAUUUAUCUCCUGGGCUCCGAUAAGUGUGCAAAAGUUCGUUACUGCAUCCGACAAACUUCGCAGCAAGCUCGGAAUUGCUUAUUAUGGUAGCGGACAGUUUACAACUGCGGAAACUAUUACGAGAGAGGUACUCCGAUCGCAGAUCUACACCAUUGGAGAAGACCAUCUGGAAACUCUUCAUAGCCUCAACAACAUUGGGUUGUAUCAAUGGGAGCAGGGUCGGUUCUCAUUAGCGGAGCGUUGUCAUCGCAAAGUGCUGGAACUGAAGCAUAUUGUAUGUGGGCCGUGUGACCUAGAAAUCUUCUUCACUCUCAACAAUCUUGCGCUAUCAGUGGAAAGCCAGGGAAAGUUGGAAGAAGCGGAGAUCUAUCUUGUCCAGGCAUUGCGCGGACGACAAGCAAAGCUUCCAGAUUCACAUCCAGACGUUCUCGUCAGUAAGAGCAAUCUCGGUGUCCUCAGGGGGCUACAAGGGCGGUCUAAGCAGGCUCGGUGGCUACAUGAAGCUGCAUUGAGAGGCCGAGAAGUCGCCCUGGGUUCAACACACCCGGACACAUUAAAGAGCAGAGGUAAUCUAGCACUGGCGCUCCAGGAACAAGGUCUUUAUGAUCAAUCAGUCCAGCUCCUCUGCGACAUUUACCAAACAUACAAAACAGGACUGAGCCCGUCACAUCCGCAGACCAUCAAGUCUCUCUGUAAUCUUGCCUAUACUUUACACCGGCAAUCUAAGUUUGCAGAAGCAGAAGCGCUGAUACGAGAAGUACUCAUUACGUUGGAAGACAAGCAUGGCAAGGGUCAUCCGGAAACGUUCAAGACGUUACAAUAUCUGGCUACACUCUUGCAUUGGCAAGACAAACUCGAAGACGCAUUGGAGAUGAUGGCGAUACUGUACGAUAUGCAGAAAGCGAUGUUGGAUGAAAACCACCCAGACACGAUGGACAGUUGGAGGUAUCUGGCAGAAUUGGAAGCAGAGCUAUUGGCCAGUGGGCAAGACUCCCUCAUCAUGAUCUCUUGCGUGUUGUAG